AUGGCUCUCAAGAGAAUCCAGAAAGUGAGUGGCUAUUAUUCAUGCCCAAUGUAUCUUUAACAACUAUGUUUUUUUUCAGGAAUUACAAGAUUUGGGCAGAGAUCCCCCUGCACAAUGUUCAGCUGGACCAGUCGGUGAUGAUCUUUUCCAUUGGCAAGCCACAAUUAUGGGACCACCAGAAUCUCCAUACCAAGGAGGUGUAUUCUUCUUGACCAUUCACUUCCCGACCGACUACCCAUUCAAACCACCAAAGGUUGCGUUCACAACACGUAUUUAUCAUCCAAAUAUCAAUUCUAAUGGAAGUAUUUGCUUGGAUAUUCUCCGUUCUCAAUGGUCACCAGCAUUGACCAUUUCAAAAGGUAAUUUUCAUCCCGAGGGUUGCUGUGACAAUUUUUAAUCACUCUCUUUUCAGUCUUGCUCUCGAUCUGUUCACUUUUGUGCGAUCCAAACCCAGAUGAUCCGCUUGUGCCAGAAAUUGCGCGCAUUUACAAGACAGACCGCGAAAGGUAAAUUUGCAUCACUUUUUAAUGUGAACAAUUCUCAUUUAUAUCUUUUCCAGGUACAAUCAAUUGGCAAGAGAAUGGACGCAAAAGUAUGCAAUGUGA